UCCAAACACGCCAAGAAAACCAGGGGGGCCGUAAAACCGCUGUCGUUUUCUCGGUUGACUCCGCCGUUUCACCGUGUGUACCAGCGCGCCAAACGUUACCGAGCACCACAACCCCGCGCGCGAUUUUUUACACCACUCCGGCAAAUUCCAAUAAACAAUAAACCAUUGGUGGCCCCUGUGCCCCCUUUCCUGAUCCUCGUCAUCACCACCAGUUCACCAGCAUCCGUGGAGUGUCGGAUAUUGCACGGUGUUAACCGACGGGGGAGGGGGCAACCGAGGAAGCCGAAAAGUGGAGUAAAUCGGCGUAGGCAUCUCUCUGCGCUCGUUGGUUUCAACUUGCUGAGGAAACUCGCCCCGACGCACUCCGAGGUAUCGUGCCAACUGCUAACCCGUCAUCGAGACACCCCAGGCAUGUCGAGGUGCUAGGUUGGGACCACCAUUUUUCUUUUUGUCGAGAUAUAUUUUUUUUUUUGCUCACGGGCAAAUUGCUCCGAUCUGAGGGACCAGGAUGUGGCCCGGGGGUGGUGGUAUCGCCUCCUGCCGUCGAAGCGGAUCGUACCUCCUGGUGCCCGUUGUCACCUGCAUCAUCGGGCUCGUACUCGUCGGGUGGCAGGUCCCCGCGACCGAGGCUGUGGUCCUCCUGGAGAACCAGGACAAGACGGUACUCCAGGGCGUCCGGGAUUAGUCGGCUACAUUGGACCUCCAGGUUUACCGGGGCCACAGGGUCCACCAGGUAUUCCCGGACCAAAGGGAACAUCCGAGAAAGGAGAACAAGGUGACGAUGGGCUGCCAGGACCACUUGGGCCUCCAGGACCUCCCGGAAGGCCCGGUAUUGUGGGACCGAUUGGUGCUAAGGGCUUCCCCGGGGUUACGAUCAUCGGGCCACCGGGUAUAGACGGAAAACCAGGCUUCAGCGGAUUGGAGGGACCACCUGGUGACCGCGGAGAUCCAGGCCCCGAAGGGAGCGAAAGGUGUUCGAGGUGAUAGCAUCCAAGGUCCCCGAGGUUUCCCAGGUCCUCCAGGAUUAUCGGGGGCCCCUGGAAUGCUAGGAAACGUAGGUAUGACCGGUCCAGAUGGUGUAUCAGGUUUCGAUGGAAUGAAAGGUCUGAAGGGAGAGAUUGGUUUUCACGGGCGUCGAGGAGAGGAUGGAGAUAUUGGAAUUCAAGGGUACCCGGGUAUGGAAGGGAUUCCUGGAGUGCCGGGAAAACAAGGCGAGGAUGGAGAUAUAGGAGAGAUCGGAGAUUCUGGACAGCCAGGGUGGAUUGGCGAGGAGGGAUCUCCCGGGGCUAUGGGGUUGAAGGGACCGAUCGGAGAAUCUGGAAACCCUGGAUUCCCAGGUAUUCAAGGACCUGUGGGCUUGCCUGGAAUAACUGGAGAUAUUGGGUACGAUGGUCCUCCUGGUGAACGUGGACAGGACGCAUUUAGCGGGCCUCAGGGCGACAUGGGUCAGCCUGGAUUCAUGGGAGCAAUUGGGGCACCUGGAGCUCCAGGUGUUGAUGGACGUCCUGGUUUGCCUGGAGAUAAUGGAGUGGAUUCAGUGGGGUAUGAUGGGCCACGUGGACAGAAGGGAGAGCCGGGGUGGAAUGGAUUCAACGGAAUAACUGGACUGAAGGGUGAAAUUGGAGAUAUGGGAUCAGACGGAUUAAAGGGAGAAGUUGGUGACAGCGGAGACCGAGGGAGACCUGGAAGUCCAGGAAUCAAUGGAAGACCUGGGGUGAAAGGUGAAAUUGGGCCAGUGGGACCCAUCGGUUGGGAUGGCAUAAAGGGACAACGUGGCUUCGAUGGUGAUCCUGGUUUAAUGGGUCGUCCAGGUAUGCCUGGAGACAUUGGCCCACGGGGAAGGCCUGGUUUCCCUGGUGCUCCUGGGCUGAAGGGAAUGGCGGGUGAUUCUGGGCUGCCCUCGUACAUGGACGCGGAUAAAGGAGAAAUCGGUGAUGUGGGAUUCCAUGGGCUACAUGGAAGAAAGGGAGAGCAGGGAGAUAUAGGAUUGCGAGGAUAUCCUGGAGCUAGGGGAAUGCGUGGAGAUAUGGGAUAUCCGGGUCCAGAAGGUUUUGAAGGUUUACCAGGACUCCCCGGACUUCCUGGUGAUGUUGGGUACCCUGGAUUGCCAGGACUUCCUGGUCAAAAUCCCGAACGUGGUGAACCAGGUCUGCCAGGAUUUGAUGGGCGUCCAGGUAUUCCUGGACAGCCUGGGCAAAAGGGAGCCCCAGGAGAAUAUGGGCCUGACGGACCGAUAGGUAUCGAAGGAGAACCAGGAAGGAGUUUCCCCGGAGCAAAGGGUCUCCCUGGUGAUAUUGGCCCAAGAGGAUACGAGGGUCGCCCUGGAACUCCAGGGUUACGAGGACUCGACGGAUUCCCAGGAGCAACCGGUCCCAAAGGUUUUCGUGGAGAGCCCGGAUAUGCGCAAUACGGUCGGAAAGGAGAUCAGGGUGAAAUAGGUUUUGCGGGGCCAGAUGGCAGGCAUGGAUUUAAGGGUGAGAGAGGUGAUGCUGGUAUAUCAGGGGCAACUGGUUACCCUGGGUUGAAGGGUAUGCAAGGAGAUACUGGAGAACCUGGACCUAUUGGUUUGCCAGGUUUUGAUGGACCGAAGGGACCUAAAGGAGAUCGAGGUACCAGUCCCUACCCUCUAUUUCCCAGGAAAGGACUUCAAGGAGACGAUGGAUUCCCAGGCUUAAUUGGAACACCUGGAGCUCCGGGGAUGAUGGGAAUGCCAGGGGUCGAUGGUCUGCCAGGUCUUGAGGGUCAGCGUGGAGUAGACGGACUUCCAGGAUUUCCCGGUCCCGAUGGAGAAGACGGACCGCCAGGACCUCAGGGUCCACGUGGUACCAUUGGUUACCCAGGAGUCCCGGGUUUCCAAGGACCUCGUGGAGAAGACGCCCCACCAGGACCCGCACCCAGCAGCCGUGGAUUCCACUUCGCCAGACACUCACAAUCUGAAAUGAUUCCUCUUUGUCCACGGGGGACCACUAAAUUGUGGGACGGAUUCUCAUUACUCCAUAUUAUGGGUAAUUCACAUCCAUGGGCUCAAGAUCUUGGACAAGCUGGAAGUUGUGUACGAAAAUUCUCGGUGAUGCCUUUCCUGUUCUGCAAUCUGAAUAAUGUUUGCGAUUAUGCCCAGAGGAAUGACUACAGCUACUGGUUAAGUUCAACGGAACCAAUGCCAAUGAUGAUGACACCAAUUCCAGCACCAGAGGCUGGAAGGUAUAUCUCUAGGUGCACCGUGUGUGAAGCCCCAACCAGAAUGAUUGCGGUACAUAGUCAGUCGAUGCGGAUUCCAGAUUGCCCUGGUGGAUGGGAAGAAGCCUGGAUUGGUUACAGUUUCCUCAUGCAUAGGGACGCAGGUGCAGCAGGCGGUGGCCAAUCGCUAAUAUCGCCGGGUUCAUGUCUCGAGGAAUUCCGCACUCGCCCCUUCAUCGAGUGUCGCGGUCUUGGUACAUGCAACUACUUCUCCACCGCAAUCUCCUACUGGCUUGCAACCAUUGAGGAUCACGAGAUGUUCCGUAAACCACAGCCUCAGACCCUAAAAGCCGAUCACACGUCACGAGUCAGCAGAUGUGCCGUAUGCAUACGACGCCGAAUAAUUGAGGACAAUGGCAACAGGCUGAAACCCUUUACCUCCAAUGGCUCGCGCUACAUUCCACCAGCACCAGUUAACCCACACCCCAUUCAGAGAGGUCCAGCACAGCCUCGCAACUUCCCUGGAGGUAGAAUUCGAGUUCCUGGUAGACGCGUUCCAAACAAUCAUCGUCGAAGGGGCCAAGUUCGAAGGCCUACCCAGGCUAACUCCACUCGAAGUCCUUUCACCAGAGAAUGAUCUAGAGAUGAGAAAAAGUCAUGAUUUUGUCAGGUAAUUAUUUUCCAGGGCAGGAAUCCAUUCUGUAAACCAACAAUUAUAUUAAUUUGAUAUUUUUUUAAGAGGUAGUCUUGUAAUAAUUCAAUUAUGUACCAAAUCACUUUAUGAGUUAAGUUUCCGUUGGAUUUAGAAGGAAUUUCUAUUGUCAUGAAAAUAUUUGCUUAGCAGAAAAAUUCUUUCCGGAAUUUAUAACAAUUAAUAAUAAUUGGAAGUCAUGAUCGAUUUUUUUUUCAUUAAGGCCAGGGGGAGGAAUAUUAAUGUAUAUAGAAUAAAAAUAUUUUAUCCAGUAGGUAAGUUAUAUAAAAACUAUUUUAUCGCUGCAAGUGUCUUGUCGGAGUGUACUAAUUCCUGCGCUGUGCCAUACAGAAAUUUUUUUCGAUUCAUAUACUGCCAAAUGGGUAGGGAGGGAAAACGAGAAGAGUGUGAUGAACUUCAGACUUUUUCCUUAUUAUUUUGAAGGAGGAGAAUAAAUUACACUCUUAGUGAAUAUGAAAUGAAAUCGCCGUGAAACCUGUUGUGUUUCAAUUAAUUGUUGCAACGGCAUAAUUAUAAUGCAAAAAAACUGAAGUCCGAGUGAAAUCGGCUCAUCUCGUUUUGACGUCUCUACAGGAACGCAUUCGAUUUGUUCCCCUGUCGCAUUAACUUUACGGUAACUUUAUUAAUGUAUUCUAUACAAUUUGAAUAAAGUACUUUUGUAAAAGUUA